CGUGAUCAUUUUUACAACUAUUUAGCGAAACUAUUAUGAUGUUUAUUAACUAUUUCAAAAGAAAACUUGAUUAAUUAAACCAUGCAAUACGUUUGAAACAUCAUGGUAACUAUUGGUUUCUAUUAAGUUACGUCACAGAUCAUUUCCAACAACUCAAUAUUUCUUUUUUAAGCAUAACCACAAAGUCGAGAUCGUGAGAUAUUAAAUGAAACUUAAAUGUUCUAGGUUACGACCUCAUCAGUUUACCAAGGUGAAUCGAGCUAUUUAUAAUUAUACCAAUAAAAUUCUACACAAAAGAAAUUACCAUUUCAUGAUAUCUGCGAUUAAUGAAUAUUAUAUUGGGAAAGCUGGUACAUUAUUUAUUUCACGUGAAGAACGCAGUAAUGAUAUCAUCCAACGUAUGUGUACAUAUACUUCAGAAAAUAUAUUGUAUAGAAUAUAAAGUACGUGUCUAGUGGUAAAGUUGGUUGAAACGACUGUUUCUCCUCAAUGAAAAGUAUUUUCAAUUAACGUACCGGGAACAUGGAACUUAUAUAGAUCAUAUAAAGUAUUAUGCAAGCAAUUUACAAACUCAAAGUAUAAUUGUGUUGGCGAUGCUUGACGAGUUACGAGAGCAAAACCUAUCAGAACUUUCGGAAGAUUUAAUGACAGUAAAUUUGUACUUAAAUAACAUCGGAGGACAUCUGUACAUGUUUAUAAAUAAAGAGGACGACAAAUUUAAAUUUGUAACGGAUGGACAAAUUUUACGAGAAGGUUUUAAAAUCAACUACAAAUUAAUUACAGAAAAACUAUCUGAAUUCUUGAAUGCUAAUAUGUGUCAUAAUUUUUUCGUUGAUUUGUUUCAAAUUAAAAAAAUUGACAAAAAGUUUCAUAUUUUGUCUGAUAAUUUCCAAAAAUGUGAUACAGAAGAUCCUGAUGUAAUUUAUAACUGUUUAAAUGAAAUGAAAAAUAAAUCUAACAGGAUUUUUUGGGACACUAUACAAAAAAAAAAUUACGUUGAUUAUCAUCCAUCAAACUUGUUGUUAUAUAAUAUAAUGCAUCCCUAUAGUAAAUAUAAUAAAGAAAAUAUUAAAGUUAAUGACGGCUUAGCUUUAUUAAGAAAUGUUAAAGUUUUUACCGACUCAAAUGAAGUAUAUAGUGUCGUUAAUCUAUACGAAAAGGCAAUUUUAAAUUUUGAUGUGGAAUUUAUAAAAUAUUAUCAUCAUCAAAUAAUUGCUGCUACGAUACAUCCAGUUUUUACUGCGGUUGUGGAUUUUUUAAAUACGUUUAAUAAGGUACAUACUACACGAUAUUAUUUAUGCAAAUCCCAAGUCAAUAUUUAUAAUUUUCGAGUGUUAAUCAAAUAUAUUUUGCAAAAGAUUGUAAGCUCUAAUUUAUAUAAUAAUGAAAUCAACGAACUCUUAAAAGAGUUGUGUCAAAAAAUGUCAGAUUACAUAUGGUACCUCAAACCAAAAAACUUGCAUUCUGUUAUUCAAAAAAUGUCAAAAAUUAUGUUCAUGAAUAAAUUAAAAUUUAAUGGAAACAUUCAAGAUUUUGACAAUAAACUAAAAUAUUUUGAGUGCAGAAAUAUCGUUGAUAAAACUAAUGAAAAUAUUGAAGAAAUGAAAAAGUAUGUCACUAAUCUUGUGAAGAAUCAAUAUUUGUUAAUGAAUAUCCAAAAGAUAUUUAAUUAUAAAAGUAGCAUUGUUGAACCACUAACGAAAACAGAAAGCAAUGUAAAAGAAAUUUUGUGUUAUUACAAUAGAGAAAAAUUAUAUUCCAAAAGUAAUUUUAAAUUAAGAAACAACAAAAAGGAACAAUUAUAAUGAGCAUAAAUCAAGUCUACAUAGAAAUAUUAUUUUAUUUUUUUUUUUCUAUGUAUUAAAAAUUAAUAAAUUAAAAUAAUAAAAGUUUUUGAGUAUUUUCAGGAAGCAGGUAAUUCAUUUUCAGUAUAUUUUUUGUAGAGCAAAACAAAUAUUUAAUUUCAAUAGUUUUUGUGUAAAUUAAUCAAAAAAAAUAAA